CAUAAUUGUUUUGACAAUAACAUAAUUGUUAUUGUCAUAUACCAUUGGCGUGUCCGAUGCGGCAGGCAGCCUGCUCCGCUACUGACAAGUACAAAUCUACUGCUGCGCGUUGGUUUCCUCUUGCGCGCGAGGCAGUGCCACGGAAUACACGUGCUCCGGUACAAGAAGUAGGCCUCGCGCUCCUUUGUCCCCUUAGGGGCGGAGGGAAUGGUUGAAGGGGACAGCAGCGAAAAAGAAGCUGGAGGUGCCCAGCCGCCGCCCGACCAGAACAGGCAUCGCGAGCGAGAGGCUGCUGCUACGCCAGGCCCUCCAGCGGCCAUGGCUUCAUCCGCGGCACUAUCGUGCGCCGCGGGGGAAGGGGGAUUUGUGAUUGGCACCAAGGCACCAGCAGGCGACGAGGACGAUGAUAACUUCGUCAGUCUUUCCGCUCGGCAAGAACAACAGGACCCACCAAAACUCUUCGGUAAGGUAGAUGCGCCCUUUGCUGACGGGGUUCAACAAGGACAGGUGGACGUGGAGUCGGAGAUCGGGGGGCCGCUCUCGCCGAUGACGACGAGCAGCGUCAAGGACGAUUGUAGCACCGGCAGCGACUUCGACUGGGAAGGUGCCAGCCCCACGGAACCGUCGUCUCCCGCAUUGCGAGGGGUUUACAAAAUCGCCGUGGAGGUCAUGCGAAGGAGCUUCGGGUCUCCAGAAGGAGAUGCAGGGAUGCAUGGAGCCUUGGUUGCCAUGGGAAAGGAGAAGACCCGAAGGGAGGACGACGACGACGGGAUGUUCGAGGAAGAGCAAAGCCUCACCACGAAGGCCGCGGAUCUCAAGCAGAGCCUUAUCGACGUGUCCGUCGAUGACAUCGACAUGUCCGGAGGCAAGCCUUGCGAUCGGGGCGGCGACGGGGAGGGCGGCGGCCUACGAGCCUCGCCACGACCGGCGGGCGCAGCGGCGGCAACAGCAGUGGUGGCAUCAUUGGGGGCGGCGGGGGCGGGGGCAGGGGGGGCAGGGGCUGAUGAUGAGAGCGGUAGCAGAAGGGGGGGCGCCACCGGCGAGGGCGGCGAGCAACUUUCACGGGCGGCGGCGGCGGUGGCGGCGGUCGCGAGAGAGGCGGAAGAAGCGGCGUCCUCCGCGGUGGCGGCCGCCGGGCGGGCUACAGAUAGCGGCGGGCGGGAGGGCACAGCCAGCGAGCGCGUCGAAGGCUUUGCAAGAAUACCACCGGCGGCGGCAACGGGAGGUCUCAACGGUAACGGUGUGGGGCAGGGAGAAGGAGGACCAGGGGGCAAGGUUGAUGCCGGUGCCAUUGACGUGGGUGGGGCUGCGGGCAAUGGCGGGGGGGAGGAUUCCGCGGGUGGGGGUGACGGGGGCAGGCUCGUGACGAGAGCGAUCCCGAGGCGACCGUUGCGAGAGAUGCUGAGGUUGGAGGAGGAAGAAGCCGAGGUGAAGGACGGGGGCGAACCCGUAGCUCGCCUCGAGCACCUUCCGGCCUUUACUGAGAGAUGGGCGCCGGAGGCACUCACGCCCCACAUCUUGACGCAGGUAUUCAGCGGGCUGGUUCCCGUGGCGUCGAACCAGGGGCAGGGCGAGCCGGUGUGCACGUACAUGCUGGAGUGCUGCGUCCGGCCCGACGUUGAAGCGGUCACCAUCCUGCACGUGGCCUCGCUGAUUGCCGCGAACCACGGGUUAGAACUCGUGCGCAAGCGGGGCGGCCAAGUCCUCUACGGCGUCGCACCCUCGGCCUCGAACGCUCCCCCUUCACCGCACGACAGCAUCUUGUUUCCCCACUCCCCCCGGAGCCCCGCCCCCGCUGCAGCAGCAGCUGCUGCAGCUGCUGCUGCGUCGCCUUCCCCGGCAGUGUCAGGGGGAGGAGCUUCCGUGCCCAGAACUCCGCCACCGCAGCCGCUGUCGCUGGAGGCGAACGGCAGCAGUGCCACAAGUAGCGGUGCCCUCGCCGUGGCGGAGGAGACAGGAACAGGGUCCCCAGGGAACAAAGUCGAGGGCGCGGUGGAAGGGGGACCCGCGGAUAGCUCGGCGGCGGCGGCGGGGGGCUCCGCGUCGAAGGGGGCGGCGACGGGCAAGUUGUGGGGCGGGGCGGUCGGGGGGGCGACGGAGCUAAGGGGCUGGUGGGGCGCCGGCGGCGCCGGGUGGGGCGCAUGGAGCCACGUGGACAUACAGCUGGUGGUAGGGCAGGCCUCCAAGCACCGGGUGCUCCUUAUUCGAUUCGUCACCUCGAGAACGGCCACCUCCAGAGAGGUCUUCCGCCUGGCGGCCGCCGCCGCGGAGAACGGCGAGCCCCUGGCUAUCGCGCCGGCGGCCAAGGGGUUCGUGUCGAGCGUGCAGCGCGCGCUUCGGGACAGGGGCGCCCUGCUGGAGUCGCUGGAGGAGCUGCCGGUGCAGAAGACGAAGGUCGAGAUCGACCCCCAGUUUUUGAGUCAGGUGGAGGGUAUGUGCCAGUUCGACAUGGUGGCGAGCUUGAGGGAGGCAGGGGUUUCUUUGGACGAGCACGCCAGGAACGAGGAGCUACGGGGCGUGGUGGUGACGCGGCUGCUGGAGGAGAUGUUCAACCUGGUCGGGCUCCCGAUGCUGCCGCCGCCGCCCCAGCUCGUGCUCGCGAUGCCGCGCCCGAACGACAUCCUGCCCUCGAGUGUGGAUCCCAUGCCGGAUUUAUGCGAGGAGGAUAGAGGGGAGCUGUCGUCUCACCGCUUCUGCUCCGAGGCGAGCCGGGUCAUGGCCAACGUGCUUGCCCGGUGCAUCCGGUACACGGAGAAGUGCGACGAGCAGAUGACGGCCCGCAUGCAACGGAAAAACCGGCAGGUUAUGCAACGAAUAUCGCGCUCCCAGCUCUAUCAACGAGAGCUGUUCCAAGCUCUUCGCGACGGACACAUGGCGGUCCGUCGAUCGAGGAUGACGGCGGCGUUUAGCAGGGUCAUGCAGAGCCGACCCGAGGCUGGGAUCGACCCCAACGUCGAGACCCCCGUGUACUUCUGCUCGAUCAUCUGCAACCGCCGGCCGGGGUACCUUUACCUCACGUACUGGCACGUGUGCCUGGUAACGAAAGUGCCCGGUUUUGCUUCGACGGUGACGGUGAUGAACCUCGAGGACAUCGACGCGGUCGAGAUCGUUAAGCUCUUUGUGGGAUAUGGGAUUCAGAUCAGAAAAGGCCUCCGGGGGGCAGCGGCGGCGGCAGGAGAAGAACCGACGGUGUCUCCGUUCCCUCCAUCGCCGGCGUGCUCCGCCUCUCAACCCCCCCCGCCCCGCCGCUCCAACGGGCAGACGGACGCCGCGGCAGCGGCAGCGGCGGUUGCGGCGGCGAAGAGAGUGCGGCCGGCGACCAUGACCUUCGCCACAGCCAAAGUGGCGACGGCCGAGCUCCGCGAGCUUAUCGUAGCGCUGGUCCGGGUGCACCGAGAGCCGGUGACGUCGCCGUCGGCGGGGGAGCGGGCGGCGGCGGCGGCGAGAGCGGUGGCGUCGUCGUCGUUGUCGUCGUCGUCGUCGUCGUCGUCAUCGGCGGCGGCGCCUGGCUUGUGACGAGACGGUCCCUUUGUUUUCUCGAAGGAAGAGGAGCAGGAGGAGGGGGGGGGAGGGGGAGGGGGAUUGGCAAGGGGAGUGUGCGGAGGGGGAUUGCGCUGCGCCGUUAGCUCGUGGAGGUGUGUGUGUAUUGGAGAUGCCUGUCAUUUUGUGUGAAGCGGGAACGGGCGCCAAGAACGACUGACUACUGGGGGCAGGAGGCGGUGGAAUCGGCUUGGCCUCGCGCGGCGCGAGACGUCCGAAGCGAAACAAGGCGAUGCGGUGGAUCUUUUGGUUCCCCGGGUUUUCACGCGAGCGCGGUAACGAGAGGCUGAAUGUGAGGCGAAAUGACGCGGGAGGUUUUGGUGUUUUCGGGGAGCCAAAAAGUGUCUCGUUUUGUGACCGCGCGCCCUUCCUUCCCCUUGGCCCCUGUGAUGUGGUAGGUGUGGUAGUGAGGUCGCGAUGGGGGACGUGUUACAGCCGUAGGUGUUGUUUGUGUGGGAGGGGGGUGAGCAGUGGAGCGUCCAAAGACAAGACACGGGCGGUGGCGGCGGCGUUUUUUGUUGGGGCUCGUCUCGAUGUUUGCUGCUAUGGACGCAACGAAAGAGGGCGAGCAAUUGCCAAGUGGGCAGAAGGCUAAAUCGGUUCACUGCCGGCGGUAGGGGUCGACCGCAUGGUCGUGAACCAAUUGAUAUGUUACCAAGUGUACGGGGGAUGGUGGCUGAGAAGAGAGCAGCAACCACCGAACCCCCCCCCCCCCCNAACCCCCGAACCCCCCCCCCCCCUUGUGUUUUUUGUCCGAAGAACGCCUUGACCAUGACCACUACGGAAGGUGAAUAUGGUACGACUUUGAAUGAGAGUUGUUAUGCCGGUCUUGCGGUGGGGCGUGAUGAUGCCGCUACGGGUUUUGAAGCAGAUUCGAAGAUGCGUCUUCAUGUUCUAGUUUUCGCUCGCAAGAAUGGGGGUCGGUCGUGUCCUACUAGUGGCUGAACGGGAACUUGAACCACAAAUAAAAUUGUAUUUAUUGCUUUUUGUUCCUCGUGUUUGGCGAACACUCGUACACGGCUGGAUGAUGUAGAAAGGCGAGCCUGCUUCAGCCGUUCCGGGAGUUGCUUGGGCUUGGAAGGCGGCCUUUCUUUCGUGCCGGCACCGGCGGUUGGUCUGAUUUCACACGCACAGGAGACCCUUUGUACAACAAAUGUGAUGGGUACUGGUGUUUUAUGUUCGCGUGUUGCGUUGCUGCGCGCGGGGGGGG